CUCUAUAUAUACCAUCACAAAUCAUAGCCAGAUGUGUUUAUGCUGAUCUUUCAAUAUGGAAUAUUGCUCUCAGCUUCUAGCUUAUUCUACUUAAUUCUUCAGCAUUGAUUGAAAAUUUUAUUCAUAAUGCGCAUUCCUUUUCUCUAAACUCCUAUAGAUGAUUCCUUCCUACCCCACCUCAUCCUCCCUCCUUUUUAUUGUUCUUAUGCACUAGUAGACUUAUAUGUCUGGAUUUCACAAUAAAAUUAGAUUAUAAUCACUCAGGAAAAUGACUGAAUCUGAAAGGCUCUUGUAUUUUCAGUGAAAACACUGAAAAACAUGCUAGACCCUGAUUGCAAUAUUAGCGAGGUCUAAUUGGUCUCAAAUGAAGUGAUGUGUUCCACUUUUACAUUACUUGAAUGGUUUCAAAUUUUGAGCCUUUGCUUCUACCUUUAAUUCCCACGUUUAGAUCAUAGAGCAUUUCUCUUCUUUAUGGUUCCAAACAGACAUACAUUUUAGACCUUAGUAUUAUUCAUCUUGCUCUUACAACCAUAAAAUCUUUAGUCUAAAGGACAAUUGCGAUUGUGUGUCCUCAUAAAAGAGUUCUUUUAUAAAAAGGGAGGAUAUUUAUAUAACCCUUGUGAUGGAAGUUAGAGCCAAAUUAGCACAAUUUUUUCCCUCAAUCACUAACAGUAAAUCCGAAAAUCUCUAAUGGAUCAUCUGGUAGUACAAUGACAAGUUGAGAAACGUUUUAGAUUAUAUCCAGAGUUCACUCUCACUUCCCAAAUUUCUGGCAGCAACAGUGCUAAGAAAGAAUCUUUAAUCCUAAUCCUCUAUUCCCGAGGGAGGCAGGCAAGGAAGUUUUGGUGAGGAGCGUUAAAGAUAUUUUUGUAGAGAUGUAUUAGAUAUGCUACUGUGAGCCUUGUAGGAGGCUACUGAAGAUUUGCGGGUUCCGUUUUGAUUUCCCUUGAAAAACCUCCAUAUAGGCGGGGGCAGGAGCCCGGCCCAGCGUAGGGGCAUCAAAGCUCUGCCUAUCAUUGUCCCGGGUCUGGGAGCCCCUGUCCCCGCCCACCCAUCAGUUCUGUUCGCGCUUGCGCAGAGGCGGCGGCCGGAGAGUAGUCGGCUGGGAAAUGGCGGCCGCGGGCUUGGUCGCUGUUGCAGCGGCUGCUGAGUACUCUGGCCCAGUGGCAUCGGGUGGUAACCUUUCCGGUGUUAACUGCGGCCCGAGCCUCGGGGCGGGCUCCGGUCCUGGCCCAGGCUCGUGGAGCCGCUCCCUCGAUCGAGCGCUGGAGGAAGCGGCAGUAACCGGGGUGCUGAGCCUGAGCGGCCGGAAACUGAGGGAGUUUCCCCGGGGAGCGGCCAACCACGACCUGACGGACACCACUCGGGCGGACCUGUCACGAAACCGCCUCUCAGAAAUUCCUAUAGAAGCAUGUCACUUUGUUUCUCUUGAAAAUCUCAACUUAUAUCAAAAUUGUAUUCGGUAUAUCCCAGAGGCGAUUCUAAACCUGCAGGCCCUAACAUUCUUAAAUAUUAGUCGGAACCAACUGUCAACAUUGCCAGUACACUUGUGUAAUUUACCAUUGAAAGUUUUAAUUGCUAGUAAUAACAAAUUGGUAUCACUUCCAGAAGAAAUUGGACAUCUCAGACAUUUGACAGAACUUGAUGUGAGCUGCAAUGAAAUUCAAACUAUACCUUCCCAGAUUGGUAAUCUGGAGGCCUUGAGAGACCUUAAUGUGAGAAGAAAUCACUUAGUACGUUUGCCUGAAGAGCUGGCAGAGUUACCUUUGAUACGGUUAGACUUCUCAUGCAAUAAAAUUAUAGCAAUCCCUGUUUGUUAUCGGAAUCUUAGGCACCUACAAGUGAUCACCCUAGAUAACAAUCCACUGCAGUCACCUCCUGCACAGAUAUGUAUAAAAGGCAAAAUCCACAUUUUUAAAUUCCUGAACAUACAAGCUGGUAAGCUUGCUCCAGAUCUGCCAGAUUAUGAUAGGAGACCCUUGGGUUUUGGCUCCUGCCAUGAAGAACUAUAUUCAGGUCGCCCUUAUGGAGCCCUUGAUUCAGGUUUCAAUAGUGUGGACAGUGGUGAUAAGAGAUGGUCAGGGAAUGAGCCUACAGAUGAAUUUUCAGAUCUGCCUCUCCGAGUAGCAGAGAUUACUAAAGAACAAAGACUACGACGAGAAAGCCAAUACCAAGAGAAUCGCAACAGUUUAGUAGUAACAAAUGGUGGAGUGGAACAUGAUCUGGAUCAAAUUGACUACAUUGACAGCUGUACUGCAGAGGAAGAAGAGGAUGAGGUGAAACGGUCCAAGGGACUGGACUCAGAGAGCCUCAGUUCACAGUUUAUGGCAUAUAUUGAACAACGGCGAGUCUCUCAUGAGUGUUCACCAGUAAAGACAAGUGCCAUUAGGGAGUUUCAAAAAACAGAAGACAUGAGAAGAUGUUUACAUCAAAACAGGGUUCCAGUUGAGCCAUCUUCUCACUUAUCACUAUCACCAAGUCACAAUCAGCUGUCAUAUACAGACUUGGAACUUCAUCGGAGAAAAGAACAAUUAGUAGAGCGCACUAGGAGAGAAGCACAGCUUGCUGCCCUGCAAUAUGAGGAGGAGAAAAUAAGGACUAAGCAGAUUCAGAGAGAUGCUGUCCUGGAUUUUGUCAAGCAAAAAGCAUCACAAAGUCCACAAAAGCAACAACCUCCCACAGAUGGUGAGUGUCCCUUCCCAUCCAGAAGGUCUCAACACACUGAUGAUAGUGCCUUGUUAGUGUCGCUGUCAGGGUUGAAUCAAGUGGGCUGUGCUGUUACCCUGCUUCAUUCUUCUGCCUUCACGCCUCUUAAGAGUGAUGACAGAUCUACUGCCAUUUCAAGUUCACCUACAACAGAAACAGUUCAUCAUUCCCCUGCAUAUUCUUUUCCUGCUACUAUCCAGAGAAAUCAACCCCUGCGCCCUGAAAGUUUCCUUUUCCGAGCAGCUGUCAGGGCAGAAACAAAUAAAGGCCAUGCUUCUCCUCUCCCAUCUUCUGCACCUACCACUGAUUCUACAGAUCCCAUAUCAAGGCAGAGAGAAGAAGAGCUGAAAUUAAUAGAACAACUACGAAAACAUAUAGAGUACCGACUAAAAGUAUCUCUGCCUUGUGAUCUUGGAGCAGCUCUAACUGAUGGUGUUGUUCUUUGCCAUUUGGCCAAUCAUGUGCGUCCUCGAUCUGUCCCAAGCAUUCACGUUCCCUCACCAGCUGUGCCUAAAUUAACAAUGGCAAAAUGCAGGCGAAAUGUGGAGAAUUUCCUAGAAGCUUGCAGAAAAAUUGGUGUACCUCAGGACAUUCUUUGUUCCCCUUCCGACAUCCUUCAGCUAAAUCUCAGCGUUAAAAGAACUGUUGAAACACUACUUUCUCUUGGGGCACAUUCAGAAGAAUCCAGUUUUGUCUGUCUGUCUAUCCAACUUCUGGGCUUUGUGGCAUUUUAUUGUACUUUAAUGUUAACUCUCUGUAUGCUUUAUUACUGGGUCCUCCCCCUGUAGCUGAAAGAUUGUGUUCCAGUGAUUCUCCACUUCAUUCCUGUACUUGGCAAAGGAGGUUUGUUGCUCACGAAGACACAUUAUUUACAUAUUUCUCCCUGCCCUGGCCUUCAGAGAGCUAACCUUAGUAGAUAAGUCCUUCCAGGUCCAGGUGAGCAGCCUGUCACCUUAGUAAGCAUUAAUGAUGGCUAACAGUGAAUAAAAGACUAGCAUUUUCUUUCCUGGUCAUUUAUCCAUUCUCCUACCCUGUGGCCUUGUUUCUCUUAUCAUAAAUGCCAGUGCAUUUGUACUAAUUCAAUCCUGAAUCUGUUGUUAGAAAUGUGAGACACAGAACUUUAUCUCCAAAUGACAAAAUAAAAUGUCCAUCUGGCCAUUUUUCCAUACUUAACACUACUUGAGUAUUAAAACUGUGAGUUACUGAGCAUGAGGAAAACAGUGGCACCCUUCUGGAUUAGGGGCACCUUGUCACUUAUAUUACAACCCCGAAAUCCUGAAUUUGCCCUUAAAGAUCUUUCUAUGGCUAUAAUUUCUGGACAUUGGAAGGUGCUAGCCACGUAAUGUUAAUAAUUUUAAUUUGGUCAUAAUGUUCAGUUUAAAGAUCAUAUAGGUCCCUAAAUUGCUGUUCUGAGCCCAAUAUGUAUAUAUGCAGUACACAUCAAGCAGGAGUAGAUACUUGUCCACAGUAACUUUGUUUGUUAAAUGUAACCGAAGUUCACUUCUAGAACGCUAUUUGGGAUUUAUGUAAAUUCUAAUAUAUUUGAACCAUCCUUAUAGGUGAAUUUGUAUAUAGGCUGUUGGGGAGAUUAAAUUGAAGCAUUUGGCAGGUAAAGUAUUCAGCUGCAGUCUUUGUUCUGUGCCCCCAUCGAUAAAUAUUGUCUCUCUUUCAGAAUACUUAAUAUAUGAGCUAAUAGACCUUAUUCAGAUUCUAAUUCUCAUAAUGGUGUUUCUGAACCUUCAGAAAUCUUCUGAACUCUGUUAACAAAAGUAUGAAGGGAGAUUACAAGGAAUGUAACAUGCUGCUGAAGAAUUCAGCCUGUGGGUCUGAUUGCUUGGUUUUCUUCCACAUUAAAUAGGGAGUUAUUUUAACACUUUUAAAGACUGUGUAAUGUUAAUACCGAAAUAUUGAACACUGUGAUAACCUCAGUUUUCUACAGUAGUGCCUUCCAGAGUUGGGGGGUUAGUUUGGGCUUGUUCUAUAUUUAAGAUGUCUUAGUCAAUGAUUAUUCUCAGAGUUUUGUCCCUUUAAAAAAUCACCUGUUAAAAAAACACACAUGCUCAUGUGUGGUUUAGGAAAGUAGUUGUAUAUUGUCUUGAGAACACACACCAUUCCCUCUAACCAGCUGGAAGUUAGUUGUAUGUCUAGAAAGCAUGAGCCACUAAAAGUGUGAACCAUGGGGCCGUACAGGUUACAUACAGAGUGCUGCUGACAAGAGAGCCCCUAAACAGUCCUGAAGGAAAUGCUUUUCCAGAAGAUAAAACACCAUGCAAGUUCAUUUUUAAACGCAGCUAAUCCAUACUUGCAGUCCUUUGCAAAGUAUUUCUACAAAGUUGCUAAGUUCUAUUCAGUCAAAAGAUUACAAUUACCUUGUUUUUAUUAAAAUAUUUUAAAAAGAAAGUAAUUAAGGAGCACAAGUACCUAUAACUUUCUCAAAAAUAAAUACUUACUAUAUAUUUUAUUACCACUGGUUUUUAAAAAUAUUAUAGUAAUAUAGUGAGUGCCAAUGGAAAGCAGAGAAAAAUCCUGUUAUUUUCUUUAAUAAAUACUAUAACUUCUCUUUUAAUGGAACCAGAAUUCUUUUUUGGAGAGCAAUUUCUUUUUUCUUUUUUUUUUCUGAAUAUUUAGCCUAAAGAGAAAUACCAAUGAAACUUUUUUUAAAAUUGUAGAUGGACACAAUACCUUUAUUUUGCUUAUUUAUUUUUAUGAGGUGCUGAGGAUCAAACCCAGUGCCUCACACAGCUGAGCCAUAACCCCAGCCCUCCCAAUGAUAAUUUUUAUGGUUAAGAAUUGCCUUUUUCUAUUCUCUAUUUACAAGAAAGAAUUAACCAAACAAGUUAAUGAGGCAAAAACAAUUAGCAAACUUGUAAACACUUUUCACAUAUUGGUCAUUAUUAGUGACUAAGCUCUCAUAAUACCAGUGUAGUUAACUCAUUAAAUUCUAGGCAAUGAUACAUUACCUUUUUAAAUACAACUCCUUUUUAAUUUUGUAAUUCAGAUUUCUAAUUCAGACUGGGCCUUCUAUGACCUAUCCAAAAUUAGGGUAGAGUUUCUCAAAAUCAUCUAAAUCUCAAAAGAGUUUAGAUACACUUAAUUCUUCCAUUUAUCCCUGCCUGACCUGAGAACCCAGAAUCAGAAUUAUAAUGUAGCUAGUGGGCUUCCCCUUUUCAUGCAGUCUAAGUUACAUCAUGAGCCAUUUUGUAUUCCCAUGGCAUGUAAUCCUGAAAGUGCUUUCUCCUAAAAUGUUGUAUCUUUUUAGGCUUGAGCCAUCUAAUAACUUGGAAUUUGUUUUAUUAUUUUUCACCUGCCUAUUGGGCUUUUGCUUAUCAGCAAUAGAGGAUAUUGCUUUCACUCCAUAGCAUACUAUUCUUCCUCUGUUGUAUGUAUAAAUGUAUGCUGCUUCUCAAUUUUCCAGUUUUGAAAAUGUUCUGUAUGUACUUUUAGUUGUGUUAAUAAAGUGACAGUGUCAGGCACCGUCUCUAUCUAACUCAUAUUAACAGAGGUCAGUUUCUCAAGUACAGACUUUUCAUAUCUCACUUGAUUAUUAUGAGGUAGAGAACUACUUAUUUUUUACUUUUAGUUCUAGAAGUGAUGUUCAUCCUUUUUCUCUUUUGUUUUGUUUUAUGUUACGUUGUCCCAUUUCAGGAGCAAUUAUGUUUGCCUCUCCACAUUUUAGAAGAGAAAGGUUUGAGCCAGGUGGCAGUGACCGUCCAGGCUCUCCUGGAACUUGCACCACCCAAGCAGCAGCAGCACCAACUAUCUGCUGUUUAAGGACUCCCAGGACCUUGGCAUUGGCCUGACCCAAACAAGGAGCAGGACAACGAGAUUGCUGCUGUCAGCCGUCUGAUAUCAAACAAAGCUCUUAACGUGUUCUUAGAAGAAACUGUUUCCAUGAUUCCUACCAGGAAUGUUUUACUUCAUUUCUCCAUUUUAGGGGAGGUUAUGUCCAUUUCCACUGAUUUUUUUUUUUUUUUUUUUUUUUUUUGUUAAGACCCAGUUGGUUUUCUCACAUGAAACUUCUCAUUAUUGAGAACCCAACACUGAAGUCUAAACUGGCUGUGCUUUCCUAGAGGCUUAUUUCAAACACCACAGCAAAUACCUUCUAAGAUAUUUGGCUCUCUUGAAGGCACAGACAUGCUAUUAUCUUUACCAGUUCCCAAGACAUCUAGGGAAUUCUAAACAGCUAUGCAUUUAGAAUUUCCUGUAGCAUUUGUUAAAAUACAGAUUCACAUUCACUAGGUCUGGGGUGAGGCCUGGAAAUCUGUAUUUUCAACACAUUCCCACUUUUAAUUAGUGGAGACUUCUGCUCCAAGCCAGAUAGUUGUGUGGUUCUAUGGAGGUACUGCCUGCCCCCUGCAUUUUUCAGCCACAUUUAAAAAUCAAAAGCUAUAUUAUGAUGACAUAGACUAUUCUGUUAAAGGCAAAAUUCAAAUAAUAUAGAAGGCCUAGAUUUUAAAUACCUAAACAGAGAAACGAUACUGUUGUAUUUGAAGCCAGUGUACUAAGCCUCCCUCCAACUCCAGAGCCCAUUACCACAUCAACCUCUUCCUGAGGAUGGUUCUGCGUAUCAUCCUGCUAUUAUCUAAACAAAUAAGCACUCUAUCCUGGGAUUCCAAGUCCUUAAGCUGGUAACAUGUACCACUCUGAAUCAUUUGCAUGAACUUCAAUGAGCCACCCUUAGCCCCAAGCUUCUCCCAGGACACCUGGACCUGCAGACACAUUCUAGUCACAGCAGUGUAACACAUCCAGCUCCCCACCUAAUGGAAGAUUAUGAAAAAGCAAAUGAAAAGGAAGAAAAAAGCCACAUUCUUUAUAUUCUUACAGGUUAACUGCCAGUUUCCAUGACUGAAAGAAAGCACUUAGGGCAUCUUAAAAACUGCUUCCUGUCUUACCCUCACUGAGCUCCACCAUUAGUGCCUUAUAUUCCCAAUUGUGGGUGGAGGGAAAGGGCCACUGGCUCACACAACACAAAACCAGGAGCCUUUAAUUCAAGUUUAAACCACAUGGGUUUUUCUUCCCUGUAUUUUGAGCCCUUUUUAGUUGUCAGCGAUAUCUUUUGGUGUUGACUGCCUUUGUAAACCAGAUAAAUAGAGUAAGUAAAGAUACUAGUUAUAUAGGGAUUUUUUUCUCUACUUAUUAACUAUUUUGGAUUUUCUUUAUCAUUGCAUGCAUUUAACAUCAAUGUUUUCCUUUAUCAUGUGAAUGCAGCAUCUAAAAAUAGUUUUGGACAAAAUCAUUUUGAGUAUUUGGUCAAAAUAAUGUUUGUUUUUUCCUUAUUCCUGCACAGAUCUGGGUUCAUUAGAACAUUACCAUUUUGUCCAAAUUUAAAAUUAUGUACCAUAGCCGGGCACAGUGGUGCACGCCUGUAAUCCCUGUAGUUUGGGGGACUGAGACAGGCGGAUUCAAAAUUCAAGACCAGCCUUAGCAACUUAGCAAGGCCCUAAGCAACUUAGUGAGAUUCUGUCUCAAAAAUCAAAAGGGCUGGGGAUGUAGCUCAGGAGCAAAGCAUCCCUGGGUUCGGUCUCCAAUACCAAGAAAUAUAUAUGCACACACACACAUAUGUAUGCAUGUGUAUACAUGUAUAUGUAUACAACACAAAACCAGGAGCCUUUAAUUCAAGUUUAAACCACAUAAGUAUGUAUACAUUCAUACAUAUAUACACACAAGUGUAUAUACAAUAUAUAUUUUGGCACUGGAUAUAUAUGGAUAUGUUACAUAUAUACAUAAAACACCUAAACUCCAAAGCCCAAUCCUUCAAGGUCCUCACAGAACAAAAGUAAAAAUGUCUUAUAAGUGCUUAAGCCAGACCCCAUUAGAGUUACAAUUCCAAAUAGACUCACCAACUAUAUAACUUGUUUAGCUGUGUUUUUUAACUACAGAUAUUUUUCCUUCUAGUCAACGUUGAACCAUUAAAUCUCAGUACAAUCUCCAAAUUGUAGACUUUAACAUAUUAUAUGGUGCAUAAGUAUAGAAGACAUUACAUAAUGUAGCACUUGCAAUAUCUGCAACUAAUUUUUCUAUAGGAAUAAGUGGAGCUAGAUUUCAACUUAUUUCAGAUUUUGCACAUAAUAUGAAACCUUGGUAUAUUUUUAUCGAACUAAUUCAAAUUUGUAUUUGAAUUAUUAGAAAAAAGGAUGUACCGUUUUGACUGAGAAUGAAGAAAAAUAUCAAGUAUUGAAUUUUUUCUGUGUUAGCAUGCAAAAAUCAUGGCAUUUUUGUUGGAGAAUUUUUGUAUAAUGUUUCAUUUGUACUUUUUGAUUUUAAACUGGAAAGAACAAUUCAGUUUAACAUUCAACCUUGCUAGACUCCAAUGUAAGAUGAAAGUAGCCUUGUCACACUCCUUCCCAACCUGAAGCAGUGACCUUCCCACUACUGGAAGUGUGAACAGACCAAGUCCUACCUGGUGCAGCCCUUGCCACCUACAGAGAUUUUAUGUCAGCAGUUUCCAGGGUUCGAAAUGCAUCUCUGCUUAAACACUCCAAACCAAUAUUCUCUUGUAAUAACUAGGUCUGGAAACAUCUCGUGGGAGGAGGGGAUUUUAUCUGGCUAGAAUACAGAGUAGGAAAAGGCUUAGUAGUAGGUCACUUUCUUUAACAGCUUUCUAAAAUACAGCCUUACACCUAAUCAAGGAGUCUAUAAUUUCUCUUGCUUCCUCCAGUCAGCAGUGACUAAUGAUGUGUGAUGAUACUGAUGAGUCUGAUGAAUUUUUUUUUAACUAAGUUCUUAAGUGGUUAUAGAAAUGAAGGAAAACAUGGAUAUUUAGAAGCCUUUUUUAUAUACACAUUGCAGUGAGAUGGUUUACAGCAGAUUUCAUUUUAUUUCUGAAAAUGUUACAAACAUGUAAUUAGUAAAAGAUUUUGUAAAACAUUGUCCUAUAUUUGUAUGUAAAUAUAUUGCAUAAGUUCUAAGUAUAAAUAUGUCGAUAUCAUGUAUGUUAUUUUAAAUUGCCUGUAUGUCACCUUACACAUUGACAUUAAAAUAAAAACCAACACUUUAGUAACUUGUAAUAAACAUUUGAAAGUGUGCAUAUCUAAA